ACAAUUUUAUUAAAUACGGGCAUCUUACGAUUUAUCCAGCUGUGAUAAUCUAAAAUUGCGUCUAAUUUUAUUUUUCAAGAACUUAAAGUAAAUAUAGCGUAAAUUGAUUCACAAGUUUUAAAUCGUAAUAUAAUCGAUAUAACUUAAAAUGGCUUACGCCUACUUGUUUAAAUACAUAAUCAUUGGAGAUACAGGUGUGGGCAAGUCUUGUCUUCUACUUCAGUUUACAGACAAGAGGUUCCAGCCUGUUCAUGAUUUAACUAUUGGUGUGGAAUUUGGAGCUCGUAUGAUUACUAUUGAUGGCAAACAAAUCAAACUGCAGAUAUGGGAUACUGCAGGCCAAGAAGCAUUCAGAUCAAUCACACGUUCUUACUACAGAGGUGCUGCAGGCGCUCUUCUAGUAUAUGAUAUUACUCGGCGAGAGACAUUCAAUCACCUUACCACCUGGCUUGAAGAUGCACGCCAACAUUCCAACUCUAAUAUGGUUAUUAUGCUUAUCGGAAAUAAAAGUGAUCUAGAAUCACGACGUGAAGUAAAGAAAGAGGAAGGUGAGGCUUUCGCUCGUGAACAUGGACUUGUGUUUAUGGAGACAUCAGCAAAGACUGCCGCUAAUGUUGAGGAGGCUUUCAUCAAUACUGCUAAGGAGAUCUAUGAAAAGAUCCAGGAGGGUGUUUUCGACAUUAACAAUGAGGCGAAUGGUAUCAAGAUUGGGCCCCAGCACUCGACAGCGGGAGGGGCGAAGGCAGGAGGCGCCGGAGCGGGGGGUGCAGCCGGGGGUGGAUGCUGUUAGGUGCUCGGUUGCACACACUGAGCGGGCUUCUAGGAAAGGUGCAGAUGUGUGCAAUAUAAACGGAUAUGGAACUUACUGCAUGCCGGUUUAAAUUAAUUUUAUAAGCUACAAUAGGUUGCAUUAAAAUGUCUAGGGUGGACUCUGGUCAGUCCACACUAGCAUUUAUAUAUUCUUCUUGUAUCUUACCUUUCAUGGGUAAAUAUAAAGUACUGUAUUAACAUCUUACAUAGAAUUGAAUUAUCUGUUUGCUGCUUGUUAUAAUGAUAGUAAAUAAUAUUUCUGAUAUACUAUAUGUUGGUUUUUGACAGGGUUUACAUGAUUGAACUGUUGUGGUUUGAAGCUUUCCAACCCUAUUAUUAUAAUAAGCAGUGCACUGUGAUUAUUUUGUAUCGGGAUGACCUAGAGCAUAUGUUUGAUUUACUCACAAAAAUUUAGCAUGAAUCAAUUAUGAGCAAAGAACUUUAUAUGGAGUGACUCCAACAUAUGGUUGCAUGGACUGCUGAUUAAAAAAUUAUGAACUUUAGGAAUUAUGUUAUUAGUAUGGCAGUAAAGUUAUCUUCUCAAAUCUUUAAAGUAGAACUAAGUCAACCAUUUAUAAAGAGAUUGGACUAUGGCUCAUGUCUGAAAUUAACUUAUGAGGUCAAUUUGCACGCAUGACCUUCUUGACUAACAAAUAACUUUGACUUUUGUUCACACUCAUUGAUAGAUGACAUCUUUCUUACAAAUUUAUGUCAACUUUUUUGAGUUCGGAGUUUCUCCCUGUCUUUCAUUUAUAUUUAGUACUAUUCAAGCUUUAUUCAGCUACUUAACAGCCCUGCUUAGCCUACAGAAUUGUCAAAAAGUUGGUAUGAUAUACUUAUAACCAAGUUGUUAAGACUGUCAGUUUUUAAACAGUUAUAAGCCCUUCUAGUAUAUCAAUGGUAUGUAAAUGUUUGAUGUUAGCUUAUGUGUUGUAUUGUGUUGCUAUGACGCAUUUACAUUAAUAAUUUUUUUAUAGAACAACUAAAUUUCACCACUUCUCUUCAUGGUCUUUUUUAUUUUUGACGUUUUAAAAUCGCCUUGAGCGUAUCUCAUGUUAACCAAUCAUUUUGAAUAAAUUGCUAAUUUGUGAUUUAUGUGUAAUUAUUAAAUUAGUGUAUUUAUUUAUGGCCAAUACACUAUAUUUGAAAUAAUUUCCUAAUUUCAAAGUGCAAUGAUUAUUUAUUUAGAUAUUUUUAUAAUUAUAAAUGUUUAUUUCUACAACAUUCUUUUAAAUAUCUUGUUGAAUUAAUACCCCCAGAAUUGGCGACGAAUUAUGAAUAAAUGAAUAGUGUUUAACUAUAAUGGUAAUAAGGCCUUGAAAAAGGGUACAUUUACAGGAGUAAAAACAAGAAAAAAAAAGUUGUUUAUCAGACAACCUUGUGGACAGUAAUUUGUAUUAAUGAGAACUGCUUGCAUAGUAAAGGACAUGAAAUAAGGUUUAUUUUUAAGUUUAGCACAUUAUGAUGUAGUAAUAUUUUAUAAGGUUACAAUGUGCGACGUAUUUGUAAAGCAUAUUCAUGAAAUAAAUGUUUUAAAGGUA